AUGGGCGAGGCGAGCCGGGUGUGCUCCGGCUACUACAGCCUCAACCACAGCUUCGUGGAGUCCUUCCAGUGCCCCCGGCGCGGCGAGGCGGCCGCCCUCCUCUACUGCUGCGGCUUCGCAGACCUCAAGUACUGCUGCAGCGAGCCCGGCAGCUACUUCCCCUACAAGCACAGCUACAUGUGGAGCCUCAGCAUUGGUGCCCUGACUGGACUGGGAAUUGCUGCCCUUGUUUUACUUGCCUUUGUCAUCAGCGUCUGUGUCCUUUGCUAUUUAUUUCUGUAUACGAAGCCUCAAAGAUUUGACACUGGCCUUAAACUUCAACACCUAGAGGUUUCUUCCACUCAAGAAGGCAACUCAAAUAGGAAAACCAAAGCCCCCAAUUCAAAUGCAGCAUCAAAUUCAACAAAUGAAACAUCCUAUGAAGCUGAUGAUGUAAUUCAAGAAAAAACGAUGGAUACAACACAAAUCAACAUUGUGUAUUAUUAAAAAUCCUGUGUU